AUGGGAUUAGCGCUUGCAAAAUACUCUCUUGCACUUAAGAUUUUAUCCUUUGUUACAGUCUGUAAUGAUGAAGAUAAAUCUGUUUUUUCGAGCCUAGCUGUGGCUCUUAAUCUGAACUUGGGUGCUUGUUAUGUCAAAGAGAAAAACUUUGACAAGGUGGGUCAGUUGUGUUCUACAGUUUUGUGUUAUGAUACAUCUAAUGUAAAAGCUUACUUUAGAAGGGCAGUGGCAGCUUUAGAGCUCAAUAAGCCCGACUUAGCUUUUAUGGAUCUCGCACAAGAAAUUAGGAUUGAUCCCACCAACAGAGAGUUUCAACAAAAACUCAAUGAGGUGACCUCUUUAUUGGGUUGGUCUCCGGAUUUUGUUAAUGAGGCACUUGCAGUUACAAGAGAGGAUAAAAUGUGUAUUGGUGUAAAAGAUGUCACCAAAAAGGAAAAGGAUGUUGCUGGAAAAUCUUUGAAUUCGGAGGAGGGUAAAGCUAACCCUAUCGAUUAA